CGCGGGCGCGUGCGCAGUGGCGGGCCGGGCGCGUGCGCAGCGCCGGCAUCUUCCCAGCGCGAGCUGGUGCUCACGCUCCUCCUCCAGUUUCCCACCCCCGCUUGCCAGCAGCGGCCCGGUACCAACGGGUGGUCUCGCCGAGGGAGCUGUCGUGCCUCGUGGUCCCGGGACUGCAGUGGUGUGCGCUCUCGGCGCGUGGCGCUAGGCGUGGCGCUAGGCAUGGCGAUGGAUCAAGUAAACGCGCUGUGCGAGCAGCUGGUGAAAGCGGUGACGGUCAUGAUGGACCCCAACUCCACCCAGCGGUACCGGCUGGAAGCCCUCAAGUUUUGUGAAGAAUUUAAAGAAAAGUGUCCUAUCUGUGUCCCCUGUGGCUUGAGGUUGGCUGAGAAAACACAGAUUGCCAUCGUCAGACAUUUUGGCCUUCAGAUCCUGGAACACGUUGUCAAGUUUCGGUGGAACGGCAUGUCUCGAUUGGAGAAGGUCUAUCUGAAGAACAGUGUCAUGGAGCUGAUUGCAAAUGGAACAUUGAACAUUUUGGAAGAAGAGAACCAUAUUAAAGAUGCUCUGUCUCGAAUUGUAGUAGAAAUGAUCAAGCGAGAGUGGCCACAGCAUUGGCCUGACAUGCUAAUAGAAUUGGACAUUCUUUCCAAACAAGGGGAAACACAGACAGAAUUGGUGAUGUUUAUCCUUUUGCGACUGGCAGAGGAUGUAGUGACUUUUCAGACACUUCCCCCUCAAAGAAGAAGGGACAUCCAGCAAACAUUAACCCAGAACAUGGAAAGGAUCUUCAGUUUUCUGCUUAACACACUUCAAGAAAAUGUAAACAAGUACCAGCAAGUGAAGACAGAUACUUCUCAGGAGUCAAAGGCGCAAGCAAACUGUCGAGUAGGAGUUGCAGCAUUGAAUACUCUAGCAGGCUAUAUUGACUGGGUGUCUAUGAGUCACAUCACUGCUGAAAACUGUAAACUGCUGGAGAUACUGUGUUUGCUGUUGAAUGAACAGGAACUUCAGUUGGGAGCUGCUGAGUGUCUUCUCAUUGCAGUCAGCAGAAAAGGCAAGUUGGAAGACCGGAAGCCCUUGAUGGUCUUAUUUGGAGAUGUUGCCAUGCAUUAUAUACUCUCCGCUGCACAGACUGCUGAUGGAGGAGGUUUGGUAGAAAAACACUAUGUCUUUCUGAAGAGGCUCUGUCAGGUGUUGUGUGCGCUGGGCAAUCAGCUGUGUGCAUUGCUGGGUGUAGAUUCUGAUGUAGAAACACCAUCAAACUUUGGAAAAUACCUGGAAUCUUUUCUUGCUUUCACAACCCAUCCAAGUCAGUUUCUACGCUCUUCAACUCAGAUGACUUGGGGAGCCCUCUUCAGGCAUGAAAUCCUGUCCCGUGAUCCUUUGCUAUUAGCAAUAAUACCAAAAUAUCUCCGUGCUUCCAUGACUAACUUGGUCAAGAUGGGCUUUCCUUCUAAAACAGACAGCCCUAGCUGUGAAUAUUCUCGAUUUGAUUUUGAUAGCGAUGAGGACUUCAAUGCUUUCUUCAACUCCUCCCGAGCCCAGCAAGGAGAGGUGAUGAGGUUGGCAUGUCGUUUGGAUCCCAAAACUAGCUUCCAGAUGGCUGGGGAGUGGCUAAAGUAUCAACUAUCAACUUUUCUUGAUGCUGGUUCUGUGAAUUCUUGUUCUGCAGCCGGAACUGGAGAAGGAAGCCUCUGUUCUGUCUUCUCACCUUCAUUCGUGCAGUGGGAAGCCAUGACUCUUUUUUUGGAAAGUGUUAUCACCCAGAUGUUUCGAACGCUAGAUAGAGAAGAAAUUCCUGUUAAUGAUGGAAUAGAGCUAUUGCAGAUGGUUCUGAACUUUGAUACCAAGGAUCCCCUCAUCCUGUCCUGCGUCCUUACCAAUGUCUCUGCACUCUUUCCAUUUGUCACCUAUAGACCAGAGUUCCUGCCCCAGGUCUUCUCUAAGCUAUUUUCAUCUGUCACUUUUGAAACUGUUGAAGAAAGUAAGGCCCCCAGAACCCGGGCAGUGAGGAAUGUGAGGAGGCAUGCUUGUUCCUCCAUCAUCAAGAUGUGUCGUGACUAUCCCCAGCUUGUGUUGCCCAAUUUUGACAUGCUUUAUAACCAUGUGAAGCAACUCCUCUCCAAUGAGCUACUGCUGACACAAAUGGAGAAGUGUGCCCUCAUGGAAGCCCUGGUUCUCAUUAGCAACCAAUUCAAGAACUACGAGCGUCAGAAGGUGUUCCUAGAGGAGCUGAUGGCACCAGUGGCCAGCAUCUGGCUUUCUCAAGACAUGCACAGAGUGCUGUCAGAUGUUGAUGCUUUCAUUGCGUAUGUGGGUACAGAUCAGAAGAGCUGUGACCCAGGCCUGGAGGAUCCCUGUGGCUUAAACCGUGCACGAAUGAGCUUUUGUGUAUACAGCAUUCUGGGUGUUGUGAAACGAACUUGCUGGCCCACUGACCUAGAAGAGGCCAAAGCUGGGGGAUUUGUGGUGGGUUAUACAUCCAGUGGAAAUCCAAUCUUCCGUAACCCCUGCACAGAGCAGAUUCUGAAACUUCUUGACAAUUUGCUUGCGCUUAUAAGAGGAGGGGUUGGCAGUCUGCAGCCUGAGGACCAAAUGCAAGCCUCCGCAUGUUUAACCCACAAUACAUUAUAUGCACCAGAAAUGCUAGCCAAAAUGGCAGAGCCUUUCACCAAGGCUCUGGAUAUGCUUGAUGCGGAAAAAUCUGCUAUAUUAGGAUUACCUCAACCUCUCUUGGAACUCAAUGACUCUCCUGUCUUCAAAACCAUCUUGGAAAGAAUGCAGCGUUUCUUCUCCACCCUCUAUGAAAACUGUUUUCAUAUCCUAGGGAAGGCAGGCCCUUCCAUGCAGCAAGACUUCUAUACUGUGGAGGACCUUGCUACCCAGCUUCUCAGCUCAGCCUUUGUCAACUUGAACAAUAUUCCUGACUACCGACUCAGACCCAUGCUUCGGGUCUUUGUAAAGCCUCUGGUGCUCUUCUGUCCCCCAGAGCACUAUGAAGCCCUGGUAUCCCCCAUCCUCGGACCUCUUUUCACCUACCUCCAUAUGAGGCUUUCCCAGAAAUGGCAAGUUAUCAACCAAAGGAGCCUGCUCUGUGGAGAAGAUGAGGCUGCAGAUGAAAACCCAGAGUCUCAAGAGAUGCUGGAGGAACAACUGGUGAGGAUGUUAACCCGAGAAGUCAUGGACCUAAUCACGGUUUGCUGUGUUUCAAAGAAGGGUGCUGACCACAGUAGUGCUCCCCCAGCAGAUGGAGACGAUGAAGAAAUGAUGGCCACAGAGGUCACCCCCUCAGCUAUGGCAGAGCUUACAGACCUGGGCAAAUGUCUGAUGAAGCAUGAGGAUGUUUGUACAGCGCUAUUAAUUACAGCCUUCAAUUCCCUGGCCUGGAAGGAUACUCUGUCCUGCCAGAGGACGACCUCACAGCUCUGCUGGCCUCUCCUCAAACAAGUGCUGUCAGGGACACUGCUCGCAGAUGCAGUUACGUGGCUUUUCACCAGUGUGCUGAAAGGCUUACAGAUGCACGGGCAGCACGACGGGUGCAUGGCUUCCCUGGUCCAUCUGGCCUUCCAGAUAUACGAGGCGUUGCGCCCCAGGUACCUGGAGAUAAGAGCUGUAAUGGAGCAAAUCCCUGAAAUACAGAAGGACUCACUGGACCAGUUUGACUGCAAGCUUUUAAACCCCUCCCUGCAGAAAGUGGCUGACAAGCGCCGAAAGGACCAAUUCAAACGCCUCAUUGCUGGUUGCAUAGGGAAACCCUUGGGAGAGCAGUUCCGAAAAGAAGUUCACAUUAAGAAUCUUCCCUCACUUUUCAAAAAAACAAAGCCAAUGCUGGAGACAGAGGUGCUGGACAAUGAUGGGGGUGGCCUGGCCACCAUCUUUGAACCCUGAAUCAAUUUUUUGGGCAUCCUUCCUCGGCCUUUCUUGUCAUCUCUUCUUUCCCUUUGUAGCUAAUCUCUAGGCCCUUCUUGCACUGCCACCUCACUUUCCACUAUUGUCAGCCUGGAGAGAGAUCCAGGUCUGGAGCUGGAGAGAACAGGCCCUGUGCAGGACCAGAAGUAAUUAUACUAAAGUAUCAAGAAAGGGAGUUAGGGCUUAAACCAUUCUGUCUAGAUGUCCCAGAUAGUUCCCAUUCUACUUGGAGAUUUGGCUUUUCCAAGAAAAGCUAGAGCAGAGCAGCCCUUCUCCCACAAGCCCUCCCACCCCUGUGCAGCCACAUACCUGUACAGAAUGGUAACUAGGGAUGCUGUGCCCAACACUGCGACUAGCAAGGCUCGCAGCAAGAGCACAGCCCUCAACUACUUGUGCCAGAGUUUCUCUUGGACCACUCCAACUCCCACUGAGCCCUUUUGCUGCUGGGCUGGCAGGAAACUUGCCCCACUCCCUAAGGGGCACGUCUGGGUUAGGUGCUAAGUGCUGAAAAGAACUUGGCCAGUUCUCUCAACUUUGCUUUGGGCAAGAAUCUGGUCACCUGAUGGGACGCAUGGUAUAGGCUACUGCUAAACUUGGCACAGUGUCAAGUAUAGUACCUCCAAGGACCAGGGCUGGGCAGUCUUUAGUGCUAACAUCCCCUUUAGAGCUCACACAUCUUGCCCUUCCAUGAAUGACCCCUCAGUUUGGCUUCCCCAGCCUCAAGGUCCACUCAGGCACAAGAGCCACAGUACCCUAGAGAGUGUCACAUGACACCAUUGUCAUCCAAGGAUAAAACAGACCAACUAGGCUAUAUCUGUGAUAAGCAGCUAGCAAAGCCACUGGUCUUCUAGGACUAAGACCAGGUGCCUUCCGCAAUCUCAUGGUCUUUCAGGUCCCUGGUUACUUUUCUCAAAGACCAUCUCCAAAAGAAAAGAAUACAUGCCUUCGCAUCACAACCUGUACUGUGAGUCCAUUCUAGAGGUCACUGAAAGGCCCUAUAAACAGGACUCGGAUAUGGGACCUGGCCCUGACAUUAUUACUGGCCAUAAAGGCAGACUUAAUCCAUACAGAAACCAGUGUGUCCAUGUGCUCUGCACAAAAACAGACCUGUUGUCCACCAAUCCACUGACAAGAGGGUUUCCAUGAGAGCCGAAGUGGACUGAAGCUAUAGUUUUUAGCUGGUGUGGGCCAGAGGCAGGGUCAGAUUGGGAAGAGGCAAAGCUGAGGAAGCAGAAGUUGGAGUCUCAUGUUGCUCCCUCUUCCCGUGUGGUGCUCUGGGUUCCUGUGGAUUGUGAAGGCGAUCUCAAGAGUGUUUCCCUCCAAACCUGAUAGCUGCCUAUUCCUGUCUGGUUGGGGCUGUGGAGGGUGUAGUUGUAUUUAUUGUGUUGUAAUAUUUUUAACAUCCUGUGACUUCAUGCUAGAAGUUUUCUAUUGUUUAUAGAAACUUUUUGUAGAAACAUUAACUCCAAAGCACAUCUGCAUGUCAGUAAAAGUCUCAGUUUCAUACAGAAAGGGACCCAUCUGCCUUUUUCAACCUAGUCUUAAAACCAGUGACAUACUCCAGAGUUACUCCAUGAGCACCCUGCAAAAGGGGACUGAACAGGAAGAAAUGUGACUGAUGAACCUGGUCUUUCAAGCUUUCUGAAAUGGUGUGCCAGUUAGAAAAGGAUUUCUAUCCUGACACACCCAGACUAGGCAGCCCAUACCAUUCUCACAGUGUCUUUCAUAUGUGGCUGCUGGGCCUGGCCCAAAGGAAUUGCUACUGUUCUUUGUUGGAGCUGUCAAUAGCGGCAUGAACUUCCCUGGUAAUCCGGGAGACAGGUGAAAUGGUGCAUUCACUCUAGCUUGAAUGUUUUUCUAGGGGUUUGGCUGUACUCCCAGAAACCACCUUAAUUUGCCAAUUCUCAGGAGGUGUUUUUUGUUGUUUUUGAGACAGGGUCUCACUGUUACCCAGGCUGGAGUGUACAUCUGAUGUUCUUAAUUGCUAAAGGUCAAACCAGUUCUGAAGUGAGGCCCUGUUUUUCGCAGUGGCUCACACCUGUAAUCCCAACACUUUGGGAGGCCCCAAGGCAGACAGAUCACUUGAGGUCAGGAGUUUGAGACCAGUCUGACCAAUAUGGUGAAACCCUCUCUCUACUAAAAAUACAAAAAAUUACACAUAGCCAGGCGUGGUGGUACACACCUGUAGUCCCAGCUACUCAGGAGGCUGAGGCAAGAGAAUUGCUUGAACCCAGGAGGAGGAGGUUGCAGUGAGCAGAGAUUGCACCAUUGCACUCCAGCCUGGGCAACAGAGUGAGACUCUGUCUCAAAAAAUACAAAAGUUGUCUCAAAAAGUUUUGUUUGGACAUGAGUUUAUUUACAUCUAAGGCCUUACAAAGGCCUAAAAGUCUCAUUUUAUGGCACAUUUAACAAAAUGUAUUGAUUAAAAAUAAAGCUGGAAUUGUCCCAGAAAACUCA